AUGGCAGCAACUGCACAAUCUCUGGUGCACAGUCGUUCUGACAGCGGUCACGAUGUGUCGACAUUAGACUUCAUGACGGUUGACGUCUUCACCAAGGAAAUCUAUUACGGCAAUCCCCUCGCUGUGGUGUUGCUUCCGUCGACCCUGGGGUUUCAGCUGUCCACUGCAGUCAAGCAGCGAAUUGCUCGCGAGUUCAACCUAUCUGAGACGAUCUUUGUCUAUACGCCAAACGAUGAGAAAAGGUCUGAGUCUGAAUCGACAGCCAACUGCCGGGUCGACAUUUUUACCACUGACAGAGAGUUGCCGUUUGCUGGUCAUCCAAGCAUUGGCGCCGCUCAUGUUAUCCUGAAUCACUUUGGUUGGCAAAUCGAAAAUCUACAACUGAAGGCAGGGAAGUUUCCAAUCAGCCUUCUUCCUGGGGAGCAAACUGGAGCGGGACAAUCCAACGCAGUUCGCAUGAAGGUCGCCCAUGAACUGCAUAUCCACUCCCGGAACUUGGGGAAUGUCUUGGAUCUUCGAGCCGAAAGAUCAGAAAGUUUGUCUCAGCGAGAAGCAUUUGCUCAAAUAGUCUCCUCGUUGAGCGCCGAUAGUACUAUUCGCGAAGCAGAGAUGCGGGCGCCAGCUGUGAGCAUUGUGAAAGGCAUGACGGCUCUCUUGGUUGAAUUGCCUAGCCUGGAACACUUGUCUCAAGUGUCGACAGCAUCAAGGUUAGACUUCGGAGAGGCUAUACAAGGCUUACUCCUGGAUGAGGGACCCUGGGGAAGAAGCUUCUGUUAUCGCUAUUACUAUGUUUCUCUGGAUGAACCCAAUCUUGGACUGGCAAACGAUUCAAGGGGACAAGAAGUUCUCACCAGACAUUUCAGAACGCGUAUGAUAGAAUUGGCAACCGAGGACCCAGCUACAGGAUCUGCUGCUGUAACUUUGGGUGCAUACUUGGCCAUGAAACAGCAGCCUCACCGACAAAUGGUCAAAUUCAACAUCACGCAGGGCGUGGAGAUGGAUCUUGCCGCGAAAUGA